GCGUGUGCAGGACACGCUGACAGUCUCGUGGUUUCGACCGUUGGUAACUAUCUCGUUUGAAUUAGAUCCUGCUAUUUUGUAGAGUGCAGGUUGCCGGCGUCAAUCCGUUUCGUUGCUGUCAUUAUCCUUUACAAAGGAUUUUUGUCGAAAGUGGUGUCGCCUGUGAAUGCAGAAAAGAGAGUUUACGUUUAGCGAGUUGAACUGACAGUAAUGGAAAGGCCGAACUGAAUCGAUCGAAUAAAAUUUGACCACGUAAAAAGGGUGCGUUUCAUCAAGAGAAAAAUAUUAGAAAUUUCAAAGAAGUGUUAGUGCAUUUGUGAAAGCGAAAUUGUUGUAAAUAAACAGUGAAUUGAGGAGAGUUCCAUAGAUUCGAAUUAAAAAAGUGAUUUGUGAUUCAUUCGUCCAAGGUAUUCGCAUAAGAUGGGCAAGAAGAAUUCAAAACUGAAGCAGGAUACUAUCGAUCGGCUUACAACGGACACAUAUUUCACAGAAAAGGAAAUACGACAAUGGCACAAAGGAUUCUUAAAGGACUGUCCGAACGGAUUACUCACAGAACAGGGUUUCAUCAAAAUCUACAAACAAUUCUUUCCACAAGGCGACCCUAGUAAAUUUGCAUCACUUGUAUUUAGAGUUUUCGAUGAAAACAAUGACGGUUCAAUAGAAUUCGAGGAAUUCAUUCGGGCGUUAUCAAUCACAUCUAGGGGUAAUUUGGAUGAAAAAUUACAUUGGGCAUUUAGGUUAUACGACGUCGACAACGACGGAUACAUAACAAGGGAAGAAAUGUACAAUAUCGUUGAUGCCAUUUAUCAGAUGGUGGGACAACAACCGCAGACCGAGGAUGACAACACACCACAAAAACGAGUGGAUAAAAUAUUUGAUCAAAUGGAUAAAAAUCAUGAUGAUCGUUUAACGUUAGAAGAAUUUCGUGAGGGUAGUAAAGCUGAUCCACGUAUAGUACAGGCAUUAAGUUUAGGUGGUGAUUAACCCAAAGAUACCUAGUAAUUCUAAUUAAUUACUAAACUAACCGUUUAAUAACAAAACAAUGCAGUAUGAAUCAAACUCAAACCAACAAAUGAAUAUAAUAAUAAUUCAAAUGUUAUAUACAUAGACGUAUAGCGGUGAAAAUGCGAUUUAAAUGUGACAGAGCAAAACAAUAAAUUUAACGGUUUUCAAUAUAAAUAUACAUGUAUAAAAAAAUGUUAAAAUAAACGGAAAAGUAAAAACUGAAAAUAGUGAAAAUAAAUAGAAUGCAAGUCGGGAAAACAUUUAAUAGUAAAUGGAGUUUAGUAAUAAAGUUAAAGCUUAAAAAACAAUUGAAACUAAAAAUAAAUUAACCAAUUACUUGAGAAUACAUUACUCAAUGACUAAAUACAUAAAUAUAUGGUAAUUCUAAAUUUCACCUAAAAAUAAUAACAAUGACAAAUGAAAUCUGAAGAUACAUUAUUAGCAAACUGAAUAAUUUAAGAUAUUUUAUAAUCAGUCAUUAAUGAUUAUCGGAGGAAAUAUUGUGCGAGAGAAUCGCUUUUCAUGCUCGUUACUCAACAUUAAAAAAUUCAAAAGUUUACUAUUCAAUGCAUUUUUUGUGAACCAAAAAGCGCAGUUUAAUCAGAAUGCAUCUGAUCAGAUGAUUAAGUUGAAACAAAUCAAUUCUGCUCCAAUUUUGGAUGAUGUUUACAUCAUAAUCGUUUCGAUUUGUUAUAUGAGAAUUGAAACCAUCUUAAAUCUUCACUGCUAAUGUGAAAACAAAUCAUUUAAACCAUUUUCUAAAUAAAAACCUCAAUUUUGGUGGAGCCUCUGAUUUUUAAAUACAAAAUAUUUUCAUUUUCUAAUUCGCAUAAAUUACUCCGCUUAAAUUACUAAAAUAUUGGCCAAAAUAAUAAAGUUUAACUUGAGUGAAUCUCGAAUCAUCUACGCACUCCAUUUCCAAAUGUUAUUUAGCAACAAAAUGAUUUGCUACUUCGCUAUAAAAUAUUUUCAUCACUACGACUAUCAAGUUGUGAGAUAUUAUUGAGAUAUGGGUGGAUUUCAACUGUAAAAUAGUCUCGGGCGAGUAAAAGAACACCAAUAAACAAAUGUCUAAAAAAUACAAGCAAAAAUGGUUGUUAAGAAACCACAAUUUUUUACUAUUCAAGUUGUACAAAUACCUUAAUAAUAAAUUUAAAAAAAAACUUCAUGUAAUUAUGAUAAAAUUAAAGGAAAAACGCUCACGCUAUUACAAAACUCUAAUAAUACCUUCUAUAAUUAUGAAUAAUAUCUAAAAAGUAAAUAAAUAAUAUCUGAAACUAAUAUUCUUUAUUCUCUUUAAGGUAGUGAUCGAAUAAUGAAAUAUUUCUUUAGUUUUUUAUAUAAUUUCAAUAAAAACCAAUAUUAGUUUCCUUCAAGCUGAUUUGCUAAAGCGUGUUAGAGUUAAUAUAUAACAAUACUAUUAUAUUUAUAUUUUAUAAUUUGAGUUGUGGUUUUUGAUGUUGGCGUUGUGAGGAGAAUGCUUGUUAAAGUUUUGGAAGCCCAAUUAGUUGACCAAAUAGUAAUGGGAAUUUGAUUAGACUGAAUUUAGUUGAAAUUAGCAAAAAUUGACAUCUUGUGUUGUAUAUUCGAUUUUUAUGUUAUCAAUACUUACCUAGGAUAAGACGUUUUAUGGCACUAAACUUGUCCCGAAUUAGUUACAAUUAACAGAAUUUAUGUUAGUUUGAAGUAUGAAAGUAUAAAAAUAUGUUUGUCUCUA